AAUACUAUAUAUUAAUUUUAAUAUAUAAAAAUUAAAGUUAAACAUUAAUGUGAAAUGUUAAAACAAAACAAUUUUUUUACUCAUAACAUCGAUAUAACAUGGAAAACGUUCGUUCGAGAAACUUGUGAUACUAUUCCAACAAUAUUUAUUGAAAAGAAAGAUCAUUGCUUGCGUUUCAAAGGAGAUGAAGCAAAGAAGGCAUAUGAAGAAAUUAUAUCCGAACAAAGUGAUACGACUUUACAAUCUGAACAUAAACAUAAAUUAAAAACGUUUAAUAAUCGCAAUUCAAUAUCAAAACCGUUUUCGUCGAAUGAAAAAAAGAAGAAUCAGUUUACUAAGGAAAAAGUGACAAUUAAUGCAAUAUUAAAAGCAGUAGAACAAAAAGACUUAAAAUUUUUAUCAAAAUAUGUAACAUGGGAAAAUGUUAAUUUGACUGAUGAUUUUGGAUGGACUCCUCUCAUGUCAGCUGCAUAUUGUGGUCAUUUGGAUAUCAUAGAAUUUUUAUUAAACCUUGGUGCCAAUAAAAAAGCCAAAGAAAAAUCUGGUCUUACUGCGGCACAAUUGGCAUUAAAAAAAAAUUAUUUGAAUAUAGUUGCAUUGCUUAAGAAAAAAUCAGAAUCUAUAUCUAACAAAACAUUACAAGAAAGAGAUUCAGAAAAUGAUUCAGAAAAAAAUGCAGACACUUUAUUACAGAUAAAAUCUGAAUCUGUAGGACUUUUGAAAAAUUAUAAAGACAAUGUACACAAAGAUAAUGAUAAUAUAGAGGAAAAAUUCAAUGAAGGAUUUUAUUGUAAAAUUUGCAAGACUAAUUUUUACCAAACAACUUGGAAGAAACAUGAAACAUCUACACUUCAUAUUUUCAAUAGUAAACCAAAAUUAAAAAAUACAAUGUAUGGGAUAUCAAAACAAAAUAAAGGUUAUAAGAUAUUAUUAAAUUGUGGAUGGGAUGAACAAGGUGGUCUUGGCCCUACAGGAAAAGGAAUAAAAUAUCCUAUUAAAACUUGUUUAAAAUCUGAUAGAAAAGGAUUAGGACAAUGUAAUGAAAAAGAAUAUAGAGUGACUCAUUUUAAACCUAAAGAUCCUGCAGCAGUUAGUGAUUUUAGAACAUUUAAGCAAAAAUGUUUGAAGAAGAAAGAUAGAGAAAAGUUACUUGAUAGGGAAGUUAGAAGAGAGAAAGCAUUACGUAUUAUGAAAUUUGAUCAGCAGAAAGCUUUAAAACAUAUACAAGAAGUGGAAGAAAAAGCAGGUGAGAUUCUUACUGAUCGACAAGAAAUAAUUGCUUUGGAUAAAAGAAGAAAUAAUGAUAGAGUUGGAAUGAGGGCAUUGCAGAAAGAGAAUUGCGAGAAAAUUUGGUUAACUAUUGGACCAUUAUUACUUAAAAUGCCAUCCAAAAUUGCAGAAGAAUUACUUAUUAAAGAUCAAAAAGAAUGUGACAUAGAAAUUAAUAAAUUAAGAAGUAAUUUAAAAGUUAAAGUGAAUGAAUUAAGAGAUUUAGAACUUAAUCCAUCUGUUCCAGGUUUAAUGUUGCAACCUAUGUCUUAUAAAGAAAUGUCAGCAAUAAAACAAAAUUUGGGUCAAAAUUCUUAAAUAUAUCUAAGAUUUAGAAUAAGAUAUUAUUAGGAAUAAUAUAAUAAUA